AUGCUAGACGAAGUGGUGAGAGUAGAUGAAGAAGUAGGACCAGAAGAGGUCGUGAGACCGGAAGUUGUAGGACCAGAGGAGGUCGUAGGAAUAGAAGAUGUAAGGACAGACGAUGUUGUGAGGACAGAUGAUGUUGUAGGGCCGGAAGAGGUCGUAGGAAUAGAAGAUGUGAGGACGGAUGAUGUCGUAGGGGUACUUGUCGUAAGAACAGAUGAAGUCGUAGGGACCGAUGAAGUCGUAGGGACCGAUGAAGUCGUAGGGACCGAUGAAGUCGUAGGGACCGAUGAAGUCGUAGGGACCGAUGAAGUCGUAGGGACAGAUGAAGUCGUAGGGACAGAUGAAGUCGUAGGGACAGAUGAAGUCGUAGGGACAGAUGAAGUCGUAGGGACAGAUGAAGUCGUAGGGACAGAUGAUGUCGUAGCAGCAGAUGAUGUCGUAGCAGCAGAUGAUGUCGUAGUAGCAGAUGAUGUAAGCGCAGAGGACGACGUAAGGGCAGAGGACGACGUAAGGGCAGAGGACGACGUAGGGGUAGAGGACGUCGUAGCAGCAGACAAUGUCGUAGGGGCAGCAGACGACGUAAGAGCAGACGACGUAGGAGUAGACGACGUAGGAGCAGCGGACGACGUCGUGGCGGGAUCAGACGAGGUGGUUAGAACAGAGGACGUCGUCAGAGCAGACGAUGCUGUGAUACUAACGGUUGUUAUAGAUAUUAUAGAAGAGGUUGUGAGGGCAGAAGAACUGGUAAGAACAGAGGAGGUUGUAGGAGCGGAAGAGGUUGCGGGAAUAGAGGAAUCUGAAGAGCUAGAAGAGCUUGUCAGAAGAGACGACGAAGAUGUGAGGCUAGAAGUGGUUACGGGGCUGGAGGAAGUAGUAAGGAUAGAGGAAGAAGUCGUAAGGCUCGACGAGGUUGUGGGGUUAGACGAGCUCGUCAGAAGAGAUGAAGAAGUCGUGGGGCUGGAAGAGGUUAUAGGGUCGGAGGAAGUCGUCGAGCUAGACGAAGUAGCAAGGACAGAGGAGGAGGUUAUGAGGCUCGUCGAGGUUGCAGGGUUAGAGGACGUCGUAGGGACAGAGGAAGAGGUCGUGAGGCUUGACGAGGUUGCAGGGUCGGAGGAAGUCGUCGAGCCUGAGGGAGUCGUAAGGACAGAGGAAGAAGUUGUGAGGCUAGAAGAAGUCGUAAGGCUAGAAGAGAUCGCAGGGUCGGAAGAAGUUGUCAAGCCUGAGGGCGUUGUCAGGGUGGAGGAGGUUGUCAGGCUUGACGAGGUUACGGGGUCGGAGGAAGUCGUUAAGCCUGAGGGAGUCGGAAGGACAGAAGAAGAAGUCGUAAGGCUCGACGACGAUGUUGCGGGGUCAGAAGAGGUUGUCAAGCUAGAGGUAGUCGUAAGGACAGAAGAAGUCGAGAGGCUCGACGACGAGGUUGCGGGAUCGGAGGAAGUCAUCGAGCUAGAGGGAGUCGUAAGGAUAGAGGACGAAGUCGUGAGAUCAGAAGAGGUGGAGCUGACGGAAGAGCUCGUGAAGGUAGAGGAGCUGGAGGAGCUUGUGGAAAUAUCAGUGGCCCCUGUGAUGGUGGUGGUAGUUUGUGUUGACACAAAGCUUCCUUGGACGAGCAGGAUGGCGACCGCCAGUCCCGACCUCUUGCUGAACAUCAUGUUGACUUCGUGGAUGAGAGAGAAAACGAGUGCAGGGAUGAGUCGAGCGUGCUUCAAAAAGUCACCCGGCAUCUGGAAAGAAUGA